CAGGGGAUAAUUACCGCAAAACCCUCUUCACUUCACUUUUGCGCUUAAGCCCUCUCAGGUCUCACACCCCAAAAGUUUUGCUCCAAUUUCGAAUUUUCGAUCGACACUGGCUAUACAACGACGACGUUUCAAAUGCCAGUUUCAUCAUCAUGGCCACCGCCGUCUCCAGAAGUGUAACGAGAAUCCUCCUCCGUGCAGGUGGCGGCUCAGCCGUAUCCUUCAAGUGGGCUCCUCACCUCCCACACUCUUCUCCCUUCUCAACCGCUGCGCCUGCUGUCUCCAGUGUCUCUCAGAAUCAACCUUCAGAGAAUGAUCGGUCAACAUGGUCCAAGAUUUUUCUUUUCGUACCUGGAGCUAUCACAUUUGGUCUUGGCACCUGGCAAAUCUUCAGAAGACGAGAAAAGGUUGAGAUGCUGGAGUACAGACAAAAUAGAUUGGAAAUGGAACCUCUAAAAUGUAAUGAGGCUACACAUUCUAGUGAAGAUCUUAAUAACCUGGAGUUCAGGAAGGUGCUAUGUAGAGGGGUUUUCAAUGAGGAGAAGUCUGUCUAUGUUGGCCCCCGUUCUAGAAGCAUUUCAGGGGUGACAGAAAAUGGCUACUACAUUAUUACUCCUCUUGAGCCAGUCUCUGAUGACCCAGAGAGCACCCAAUCGCCAAUUCUCGUCAAUAGAGGAUGGGUACCACGCAGUUGGAGGGACAAGUCUCUACAAGUGUCAGAAAAUGAUAAACAGUCUUCAACUCCAAUAUCCUCGUCCAUUCCAGAAAAUGAAAAAAGUUCCUGGUGGAGAUUUUGGUCAAAGAAACCCAAGUAUAUAGAGGAAGAAGUUCCUUCUGUAGUAGCUCCUGUAGAAGUUGUUGGAGUUGUUCGAGGAAGUGAAAAGCCUAGCAUAUUCGUUCCGGCAAAUGAUCCAAGUUCCUACCAGUGGUUUUAUGUUGAUGUUCCUGCAAUUGCGCGUGCUUGUGGGUUUCCCGAGACCACACUCUACAUUGAAGACGUCAAUGAUAAUGUUGAUCCCAGCAAUCCAUACCCAGUUCCAAAGGAUUUAAAUACAUUAAUUAGCAGUUCCGUAAUGCCUCAAGACCAUCUUAACUACAUGUUGACAUGGUAUUCUCUGUCAGCUGCAGUGACAUUCAUGGCUUUUAAAAGACUUAAGCCAAAGAAAGGGCAUAGAUAGCAAUCCCAAAGGGGAACACUGACAUUCAUGAUUCACAAGUAAAUCCCUUAUAUCUUUCAGCAAUAGAUGUUUUUCUGUCUAAGCAGUAAGCAGUCAGGUAGAGAACUCGGAUCCUGUUCUAUAUUUGCCACUCCAAAUAACCAGCAUUGCAUUCAUUGAGAUGCUACCGAGAUCCAAAUUGUUUGGAAGUGGUGACAUUGCUGAAAAGUGAAAACUUUGAUGGGUGAAGAAAAGACUACUACAUUGUGGUAUUUGUUCUCCGUUUUUAAGAUUCUGUUUCAAUUUUACCCAACUUCAGACAGAUAAUGCAAGCCUUCAUUUUUGUUAGCUUUUACAACUUCAUAUGGCCUGCUAAAUUGGUCAUUGUCAAAUUUUCAUCAGACGUUUAAUGUAAUUUUUUUUUUUAUUAUUAUAAAUAAUCCCCAUUCAUUGCA